UAACGUGGCAUAUUAUGUAAAACAUUUGCAACUUUCCAAAUCAGUCACGUGCGAAAUAUUUAUUUCAAGGCUGAAAUAUGACUUCGGCGUGACUUUUAGCUACGAAAACCGGAAAAUACAGCAUUUUUCUAGUGCCACUCAAGCUCGUGUUUUUACCUAGCGGAAAGCACCUUAAAGACAGAGCGCAUGCGCGGGCUAGCCGCUGCCCAAAGCCACUAGCCGAAUUUACCCAGCGGCUUUGCGUCUUCCCAGUGGGCGAACGUGGUGGAGCUGGGCAAGCAUGGGGAAGGUGAAUGUAGCCAAGCUGAGGUACAUGAGCCGCGAUGACUUCAGAGUUCUGACUGCGGUUGAAAUGGGCAUGAAAAACCAUGAGAUUGUUCCCUGCAGUUUGAUUGCUUCUAUAGCCAGCCUGAAACAUGGUGGUUGUAAUAAAAUUUUAAGAGAAUUGGUGAAGCAUAGACUUAUAGCAUGGGAACGUACUAAAACUGUCCAGGGCUAUCGGUUGACAAAUGCUGGCUAUGAUUACCUAGCUCUGAAAACACUGUCUUCUAGACAGGUAGUUGAGUCUGUUGGAAACCAGAUGGGAGUUGGCAAAGAGUCAGAUAUUUACAUUGUUGCAAAUGAAGAAGGACAGCAAUUUGCACUGAAGCUUCACAGACUGGGAAGAACCUCCUUUCGAAAUUUGAAAAACAAGCGUGAUUACCAUAAGCACAGGCAUAAUGUUUCUUGGCUUUAUUUAUCUCGUCUCUCUGCCAUGAAGGAAUUUGCAUAUAUGAAGGCAUUAUAUGAGAGGAAGUUUCCAGUUCCACAGCCCAUUGAUUACAAUCGCCACGCAGUGGUCAUGGAGCUAAUUAAUGGUUACCCCUUGUGUCAGAUCCAUCAUGUUGAAGACCCUGCAUCAGUAUAUAAUGAAGCUAUGGAACUGAUAGUCAAACUGGGAAACCAUGGCCUGAUUCAUGGAGAUUUCAAUGAAUUCAAUCUCAUGUUGGAUAAAGACGACCACAUCACCAUGAUUGAUUUCCCACAGAUGGUGUCCACCUCCCACCCGAAUGCUGAAUGGUAUUUUGACAGAGAUGUUAAAUGCAUCCGAGAGUUCUUCAUGAAACGUUUCAGCUAUGAAAGUGAGCUCUACCCAACCUUCAGUGAUAUCAGGAGGGAGGAUUCUCUUGAUGUUGAAGUGUCUGCCAGUGGUUACACCAAGGAAAUGCAAGCAGAUGAUGACCUGCUGCAUCCAGUCGGUCCCGAUGAUAAAGAUACGGAGGCAGAAGAAGCAGAUGAUGACCUGCUGCAUCCAGUCGGUCCCGAUGAUAAAGAUACGGAGGCAGAAGAGGAAUCGGACUCCUCGAUGUCUGGUGAAGAAAUGUUAGAAGAAAAAGCCAAAAUUCAGAGGUCAGCGUUGGACAAAGAACCAAGCCCUGCAGGUGGAGCAGGUGGCACCUGUUGCUGCUCAGCCGCAGGCAGCAAACACAGAAAGGAAGACAGUGUAGCAGAGGAGAGCGCUGACGUGUGCGGCUUUGAAGUGACUGCAUUGAACCAAGCUGUAGCUGAAGUGGAAAGGCAGGUGCUCACCCCCAGGUCUGUCACUGAGCUUUCUGAGGAGAGCAGUAGAACUGAAAAUGAUGCUAGACAUGAUGGGCAGCCAGGUCAGAGCAGCCCUGCCGCCUCUGAGGACAGUGAGGACGAACCCGCCCCUCUGAUUGCCUUGUCGCCACUGAACAAGGAGUUCAGGCCGUUCAGAGAUGAAGACAGUAUGAGUAGUGUUACUCAGCAUAGAACAAGAACAUUGAGUGUUACGUCUGCCGGCAGUGCCGUAAGCUGUUCCACAAUCCCUCCAGAACUGGUGAAGCAGAAGGUGAAGCGCCAGCUGACCAGGCAGCAGAAGGCGGCCGCCAGACGCCGGCUGCAGAAAGGAGAGGCCAAUGUGUUUACCAAGCAGCGGAGGGAAAACAUGCAGAAUAUUAAGUCAAGUUUGGAAGCAGCCAGCUUUUGGGGAGACUAAUAAAUUCUGAUAUGUAUUUUUUUUAGAUACUAUAAUUCUAUUUUUAGCAGGUAUAUUGGCCUUUUUUGGACCAAAGCCAGUAUUUAUGGAAAUUAUGAAAAUAAACCAUCUUUAGACUUAUAGCCUCCAAAAACUAAUUAAUAGAAAUUCUGCUAAGCACUCAGUUUCUUAAAAUUGUUCAGGUAACUAAUUUAAAUAUAAAAUAACUUGUAUGAUAAAAACAGCAAUAAUUGCAAAACAUUGACAUCAUUUUUAUUUCAUUGUGAUGCCUUAAACAGGUAGAUAGAUGACUCAGAUUCUGGCUUUACGUGUAAUAAAUAAUAGAACAACUUGAUGAAGUCUGUAGUUCUCUCUUCCUUUCUCCCUCAUUCGGUCACAGCUGGGUUUUUACUACAUUGGUGAGUAGGUUUUAGGACUACAUGAGACAGGACACAAUUAUUUGGCAUUGGAUUGAGGCUGAUUGCCUUCUGUUUCUUUAGACUUCUAUAGGAGAGAUAAAUCAGCAAUGGGUAGUUAAGCAGCCUUAGGUCUCUUUGGUGCUGUACUCAGUGGCUGUGUGGUCAUGGGGAAAGAAAUUUUAGAGUCCUACCAGUAUUUUUAUAGCUGUUGGUUUUCCCAAGGUUUCAGCAAACGUGGCUAAUGAGGAGAGAGGGUGGGGAGUGUAGAUGUCACUCCAGCAUGUUUCCUACCUCAGUGUUAACAAGUAUCUGGUACAGGAAAGAGAACAGCACCUUGUUACGGUUCAGUCCUCAAGCUCAUUCUAACUCAACAAAUGGCCAUGCGUGCUCAGGUGCUAGUACUUACAGGCAUCUGCUCAGUUUCCCUGAGCAGACCUCUAAGAGAAGAUCCUCUUCCUUGAGAAAUGACCACCAGAUGGCACUGUAAAAACACCAGAUUCCCUUUUAAUUCUUCUGGCUGUUUGUAACUGAUCAUUAUCUAAGUUCAUUUAAAUGUUUGGAUAUGUGACUAUAUCAAAUACGGUUUCUUUGACAGUUUGACUGAUCUUGGAAGUGUUGAUAUAGCCAUACUUUAAAAUAUAGUUGUUUCUAAGCUCAGAUACUCAUUUUUUUUAUACUCUGCUAAAAGUUUUUCUAUAACAUAAACCAUUGUUGAAGACAGUUGAAUAAGACCAUAGAAUGUUUAUUUUGUAAUGCAUUUUUCUUACAUCCAAAGUAUUGAAAGCAAAUUGGGAAUAAAAGUGUUUGACCUCA